AUGCCGGAGGACCGGAGCGCCAGGAAGGCGGCCAGCUUCCCGAGCAGGGAGCGGCAGAAAGCUCUGCGGCGGAGGAUGUCUUCGUCUCCUAGCAACGCGGCCGCAACACUGCCGCUGGACCACUUUAUGCUGGCCCAUAUGGAGAAAAAAAAGGAAAAAUAUCGGUUAAAAAAAACACGGCGGUUGAGAAAGAGCCGCUUGCAGGUCGCCCUUGGGCAGUACAAUACAUAUUGUCACACGACCGCCCCAGUUUGCUCCCCCUGCCUGCCUCUCCUGCCCCCUUUCUAG